UUACGCGCGGGGGCCACCAGCUGGCUCCCCCCCCCCUCCUCCUCUUCUCAAUCCCCGCCUCCGCCUCCGCCUCCUCCUUCUCCGUCGGAACUUGGACGGCUGAGCAGGAGCUCAAAGCCCGACGACGCCCGCCAAGUGCCGCCGCCGGGGGAGGAGCGCGCAUCCCCCGCCCCGCUCGGAGCCUGCCCGCCGGCCGGGCUUGAUGGGGGCCAGCAGCGGCCCGGCGCCACCGAGAGGAGCUGCGCCCGCCACGCCGGCGGCUUCCCGGCCGCUGGGAAGCUGCUGCUGCUGCUGCAGCUGCUGACCGCUGGAGGGGGCGGCCGGGCCGGGCGGCCAGCAGGGGCCUCCCUCCCUCCCUCCCUUCCUCCGUCCCGGGGCGGCCGGAGCCCGGCUGGGGGCACCAUGGCCGGGAAGGCGCAGCAGGACGGCGGCGAGGACGAGGACGACGACGUGCCGCUCAUCCUCACCCUGGACCGCGGGAGCAGCGGCAGCGGCAGCAGCGGGAGCAGCAGCAACAGCCCGCCGCGCGGGGGCUGCUCCGGGCAGGAGGCGCCGCUGCCCAGCCUAACAGAUGGAGGGAAUUACGACUUGGCCAGCGAGACGCCCAGCCCUGCAGCCGGGGACUGCCUGCCUCGCCGGAGCCGUGCAAGACGCAGCUGGGAGAUGAACUACCAAGAGGCCGCCAUCUACCUCCAGGAGGGCGAGAACAACGACAAGUUCUUCACGCACCCCCAGGACGCCCCGGCCCUGGCCGCCUACCUCUUUGUGCACAACCACCUCUUCUAUCUGAUGGAGCUGAGCACCGCCCUGCUGCUCCUGCUGCUCUCCCUCUGCGAGGCCCCGGCCGUCCCCCUCUUCCGCCUCGGCAUCUAUGUCCACGCCACCCUGGAGCUGCUGGCCCUGGCCGUGGUGGUCUUUGAGCUCCUGAUGAAGAUGCGCUGGCUGGGCUUCCACACCUACAUCCGGCACAAAAGGACCGUCGUCAAGACUUGCGUUCUGUUGCUGCAGCUGGUGGAGGCAAUUGUGGUGCUGGUGCGCCAGACGUCCCACGUCCGGGUCACGAGGGCCUUGCGCUGCAUCUUCCUGGUGGACUGCCGCUACUGUGGAGCUGUCCGGAGAAACCUGCGACAGGUCUUCCAGUCCCUGCCUCCGUUCAUGGAUAUUCUGCUGCUGCUGCUCUUCUUCAUGGUCAUCUUUGCCAUCCUUGGCUUCUACUUGUUCUCGCCUAACAAAUCCGAUCCGUAUUUCAGCACUUUAGAGAACAGCCUUGUGAACCUCUUUGUCCUCCUGACGACUGCAAAUUUCCCGGACGUCAUGAUGCCUUCUUACGCCCGAAGUUCCUGGUCCUGUAUCUUCUUCAUCGUGUACCUCUCCAUUGAGCUCUACUUCAUCAUGAAUUUGCUCCUUGCUGUUGUGUUUGAUACUUUCAAUGACAUUGAAAAGAUGAAGUUCAAGUCGCUGCUGCUUCACAAGCGCACAGCCAUACAACACGCUUACCGCCUGCUUGUCAGUCAACAGAGACCCUCCGGGAUCUCCUUCAAGCAGUUCGACGGGCUGAUGCAGUUCUACAAGCCUCGCAUGGGCGCCCGAGACCGCUACCUGACCUUCAAAGCCCUGAGUCAAAGCAAUACCUCUGUAGUCAGUCUAGAGGAGAUGUACAGUUUCUAUGAAGUUGUCGGCUUAAAAUGGAAGGCCAAGAGGAACCGGGAGCACUGGUUUGAUGACCUUCCGCAGACGGCAUUCCUUAUUUUCAAAGGCAUUAACAUCCUGGUGAAUUCCCGCCCCUUCCAGUACACCGUCUAUUCUCUGGUGGCAGUGAACGGCCUCUGGAUCCUGGUGGAAACCUUCAUGCUCCGAGGUAGCUUCUUCUCCGGAGAUGUUCCCUGGAGUUACAUCGUCUUCCUCACAAUCUAUGGGGUGGAGGUGCUCCUGAAGAUCAGUGGAUUGGGGCCGCUGGAGUACUUGUCGUCGGGCUGGAACCUCUUUGAUUUUUCGGUCACUCUGUUUGCCUUCCUGGGCCUCCUGGUGCUGGCCUUCAACAUGGAGCCCUUCUACUUCAUCGUGGUCCUCCGGCCGCUGCAGUUGCUGAGGCUGUUCAAGCUGAAGAAGCGCUACAGGAACGUCUUGGACACCAUCUUUGAGCUGCUCCCCAGGAUGGCCAGUGGCGCUCAAGGCCCUUCUUGGAGGAGUUCCCCAGCAGUUUGCGCCCAACUGACGAGGUACCACCAGGAUCACCUGCUCCCUGCUGAAUCUGCCCCCCUGAUGAGCCUCGGCCUGACCUUGCUCAUCUUCUAUUACUGCUUUGCCAUCGUUGGCAUGGAGUUCUUCUCAGGAAAACUCUACCCAAACUGCUGCAACACCAGCACGGUGGCCGACGCCUAUCGCUGGCUGAACCGCACCGUUGGGAACCAGACGGUGGUGGACGAGGGCUAUUACUAUCUCAACAACUUUGACAACAUGUUGAACAGUUUUGUUACCCUGUUUGAGCUGACAGUGGUCAACAACUGGUACAUCAUCAUGGAAGGGGUGACCUCGGAGACGUCUCACUGGAGCCGCCUCUACUUCAUGAUCUUCUAUAUUGUCACCAUGGUGGUGAUGACCAUCAUCGUCGCCUUUAUACUGGAGGCGUUUGUCUUCCGCAUGAACUACGCCCGGAAGAACCGAGACUCAGAAGAAGACCCCGGGAUUGUGCUGGAGAGGGAGGUCUCCAAGGAAGAGAUGGCCGCGGUCGCAGAGCUGUGCAGGAGGCGCCACGCGGGGGCCUCGGCUGCCGGCCAGCUGCUCAAGGUCGUCGCCCAGAUGGACAGGCACCAGCAAACGUCGAUGUUGUUCCUGGGGCGGAGAUCACGGACCAAAAGCGAUUUAAGUAUGAAAAUGUAUGAAGAAGAGAUCCAGGAGUGGUAUGAGGAGCACUCCAGGAAGGCAGCAGGGCGGCGGCGGCAGCGGCGGCUUCUCUGGCACGAGGACGACCAGCUGCUGGGCUCCCCCUUCCAGCCGCCUGGCUCCCGGCAGCGCUCGCAGACGGUCAUCUAGGCCCUGCUGGCGGCAGCUGCCUCUCCUAGGCAUGGACCGCCUCGUGCGCCGCCCUCCCCCUCCUCCUCCGCUGCUGGCAUUCCUGUGGGGCGGGGGGGGGGGCAGGAGGGGCCAGGAACCCGGCUCUGGCUCACCUUUGCUGUCGGAAGGAUGCCAGCUGCAGUUCCCGUCCCAGGAAGAAGAGGCCCCUGCUGCACUCCGGGGGUGACGGGAGAGGUCCCACGACCCCGGCGGCAGCAGCAGCAGCAGCAGAUCCCACGUUUCUGGGAGUCCCUCCUGGUUUGCAGAGCGGGCUGGGCAGGCCCGGGAGGCUCAUUCGCUACACCAGGUGCAGCUUUGGGUUCUGGGUAGGGCAGAGGCCCACUUGACACGCAAAGGGGUGGGAGGGGCCACGCUGCGUGGCCAAUGGCAAAGGGCCUCUCCCCGCGCCCUGGUGGAACUCAGGCUGCUGCCCCUCCGCUCACCUGGACCACUAGCCAAAGGAGCCACUUUGUGUCUCACACCUGUGUUGCUGCCUCCCCUCUGCCAGUUAGGGAGCAGCGACGGAGAGCUUUCCCCCAGUAAUGCUGGGGUUCAACCAAGCAGGAGUCUUGACCAAGGAAAGGCUUCAGGAGGCUUUUUGAAACACACCUCCUGUUCCCUUCCAACAUUUAAAUCUCACCAGAAUCCAACAGCUUGCUUGAAAUCGGUGGCGGGGGGGGGGGGCGGCUGCUGCUGACACAGUGGCACCUCCCCUCCUGCCAGGCCCGAUUUCAAGAAACCAAGUUGUCAAAACCCUCCCGUUGACCCUGAGCAUCAGAACUGGGACUUGAAUUCCACAACUCAGACACUAGACCCAGUUCAAGGUCAGUCUCCGUUGUGCUGUUCAGGGUCGAGUUCGACUUGUGAUGCUGCUCAAAGUCACACUCAGAGGGGUGUGUGUGUAUGUGUGUGUUUUCCAGCUUGCUUUCUGGAAAGCAGGGUCCCCCUCCCAUCACACACACACGCGCCCCAGCAGUUCAAGAAAGCAAGCUGCCACAGCCAGCCCUCUACCAAGGCUGACCAGAUUUCUGGCUGGCCUGCUGCAGCUUCUCAACUGGGGAGCGGCAAGCAGGCCUGUCAAAAAUUAAAUGCCCUGCCCCACCCCCAGCGGAGAUCCGGCUGGACCCGCCGAAGAAUGCUGGUGGAACUGCAUUCGUGGAACUGGAUAGAGUUCCAAAGCCACAGGAGCGGGUUCCGUUGGACCUGCUCGCUGUGGGGCCUCCCUCUUGUCACUCGGGGAAUUCGUUCUGGGAGACCCAAGAGUGGGCUCAUCUGUCUGUCAGAACCUCGUCGGUGCAGCCCUGAUGUGUCCCUUUGAUGACUGGGUCGCUCACUUUUGCCCCUCGGUUUGCACUCUUCCCUUUGAGGUUUUUCAAACAAAUAAGCUAGGGACAAUUCCAGAAGUUGUUUUCUUCCAAGUUCCCGGCAGGCUGGAAGGAAAAAGCCGUUGGCGCAUGUAUGGGGCAUCCCCUGCUCGCUGUCCUCUCCUGAGUUUCCUGACACUUAGCUCCAAAGACAAUCACUUGCAGCGGUUUUGUGUGCUGGGAGCUUGUGUGGCAACUAGGACUCGGCUGUCUGACAUAGUUAUACAGAUCUUUCUAAGCACAUUUAAUAAACCGUUUUAAGCAGUA